AUGGCACAGACUAGGAUAGCAAUCAUUGGCGUCACUGGUCACCUAGGCAGUCUGAUAGCAAAGCACAUCCUCAACCGCUCCUCAACCUCAAUCGUCCAUGGCAUCUGCCGCACACCCUCCAAGCUCUCCACCACUUUGACCUCAAACCCACGCUUCAAAACCCAUCAAACAGACCUCACCCCCAGCCCCAAACUCCCCGAAGCCCUCCAAGGCGCCAACAUCGCCAUCUUCGCCACUUUGGCCGACAACGACACCAUGGUACAAGGCCAGAAGACCCUCAUAGACCUCUGCAUCGAGCUCGGUGUUCCGCGCUUCAUGACCGGAGACUGGUCAAUGGACUACCGCAAACUAGCCUACGGCGAUCAUCCGGCCAAAGAUCCAAUGAAAGAAGUCGCUGCUUACGCCCAAGCGAAGGAGAAAGAAAGCAACGGGGCUUUCAAGCACGUCUCCGUCCUCAAUGCCUGCUUUAUGGAAGUGCCAUGGCGCGGCAUCUAUAAUCCUGGAGACAAGUCGCUGCAGUACUGGGGCUCUGGGAUUGAGAAGUGGGAACUCACGACUCACGACGACGCUGCUCAAUUUAGCGCGGCGAUCGCUCUCGAUACUGGAACCUCUGGCUAUCAUGCCGUGCGAGGCGACAAAGUGAAUAUCCACGACAUGGCGUCCGCUUUCGAGACGGCUUUCGGUUUCAAGCCUGAACUAAAGUGCAAUGGGUCGUUGAAUGAGAUGUUCAAGACUAUGCACGCGAUCAAGGACUCCUCGCCACAAAAUCCCUGGUCGUGGAUCCCGAUGUUCUAUGCUUACUACAGUGUCAAUGGACAGACUACUUUGGAGGAGCCGUUGAGUAAUGAACUGUAUCCUGAUGUCAAGACCACGAGUUUAGUGGAGUAUUUGAGGGCUGUUGGUACUCCGGAAAAGCUGGGUAUGGCUUACGAUGAGGCUGUGGCGGAGCAAGGGUGA